AUGAGUUUGUCUAGUGAAGCAAAAAAAUAUCUUCGUGAAUCAUUACAACAACAGUGCUUAAAUCAAAAGUUAGCUGAAUAUAAUGAAGCAAAAAGGUUCUUCAUAGGUUUAACAGAUCUUGAUUAUAAACCUGGUCAUAGAGAACAUACAUUUUAUAAAUACUGGCUUGCAUCCAGGCCCGAAGGGGCGACCCUAAAGGGUCAUGGUCAUACUAAUAAAAAUGAUACUGCACUUUUAGAUGCAUAUCGACCUGAAGAAAUUCACUCUCAAUAUAUAAUUCGGACAGCAGGAAAUGGUUAUACAGUGAUCGAUCAUCCUAGCAAAGUUUAUAGAAUACCUGAUACCCAUGAAUGUAUCGAUGGGAACCAACCCCUCCGCUUAAUUAUCGAUAUUGAUGCAAGGCAAAAACCAGAUCCUUCCGAUCCUAAACUUCCUUCUCUAGAUAGUGAAAAAAUUACCCGUGAAGAUUUGAUAUCUCGAAUUUUAGUCGCUUGUGCAGAUGCAUUAAGCCUUAUUCCAGAAUGUAUGCCUUUCUUAAAUUCUUUUGCCUUAGCAAGUUCAUCAAAUACCGAGAAAUGUAGUUGGCAUAUUAUUUAUCCUCGGGCCCAAUUCGUGGAUUAUAGAGAACUUAAGGCAAAAGAGGGACGCAUAAAAAGACCUGCUAUCUCUUCCAUAAAAAAUGGAUUUCAAAAGCUAGAGGAUUAUCUGGUUCAGCCUAAAGAGAAUUAUUCUGAAAUCCUUCCACGAACCUUUUCAGAAGAAAAGCCAGCAGAAGAGGAAUUUAAGCCUAUUGAUGACGAUGAUGCUUUGGUUAAAGGAGCUAAUUUAGUUAUUGCAAAAUAUGGGUGGCUCCAGAUUGGAAGAAUCGAGAAGGGAUUCAUCAACUUUCAAGCACAAUCCGCUAAAGAGUGUCCUAUAUGUGACGUUAAACAUGAAAAAGACCAACUCUACGGAUUUAUUCGAAAAAAUGGUUAUUUUAUACUCAAUUGCUAUCGGCAAAAACAAUAUAAGCCAGAUCAUAAGGGAUUAGGCUUUGAAAAGAUAUCAGAUAAAGUCGAAUCGAAAGAAAAGCCUAAGUGGGGAUUAAUUGAAAGAUUACCCAAGGCUGUAUCAACUCCACGCCCACUUGUAGAAUUAUCUGGAAAAAUCAUUAAUGUAAAGGAAAUGAAAGAUGCACCAGAAGCUUACCCUGAUUUCUUAAGCGAGGAACUCACUACAACUCUUAUUCGCUCACCUGUUGCUAGUGGCAAAACAAAAACAUUAAGAGAAAUCCUCGAUUCUUUAGCUAAAAGUGGAGUGGAUUUACCUUGUUUUAACUGGGUUUCAUAUCGUAAAACUCUUAGUAAUGAAACUAAAAGUAAAAUCGAAGUAUUACAGAAAUCCGGGCUUCGUGUGUGCCAUUAUCAGGAAAAUGAAGGCAAUUUAGCUAUACGUGACUGGGAUGUUAUUAUUGUUCAGGUCGAAAGUACACAUCGUCUUAAUUUCCAUGGGGGUCGUUCUCAUGUAGUUAUUUUAGAUGAAGCGAAUGGUAUUAUGCGACAAAUGGCAAGUGGAAUCCAUGCACGAGAAUCUGAAAAUGCCAUGCGAGAUUUGUUAAAGUCAGCUAUUCACGUGGUUGCCAUGGACGCCUUUGCAAAUCAAAGUACACUAACCUUCUUAAAGCAAUAUCAGGGUGAAAAUAUUAGAGUUUUUGAUAAUAAAUACCAGCCACGUAAAAGUGAGACUGUAAAAAUCCUUUAUGAUUCAAAUAAAGGUUCAGAAGCUAUACGUAAAGGUCUUGAGAUGCUUAAAGAAGGUAAGCGUGUUGUCUUUUCAAUGACCUCCUGCAAAAAGGCUCGGGCAAUAGCUAAUCAAGCAUCUAAGUUGCAAAAACCAGACGGUUCAUGCGUUUUAUCACGAGUUUAUUUUAGUCAAAUGGAUGAAAAACAACGCCAGGAUGACUUUGCUGAUAUUAAUGCUACCUGGAGUGGCCUUGAUUGUGUAAUCUAUACAAGUACUGUGGAGUCAGGCAUCUCGUUCGAAAUUCCUAACUAUUUUGAUGCAGUUAUAGCAAUUAGUAAUAUUAAUACAGGAGUACACGCUGAAGCAUUUACUCAGAUGCUUUAUCGAACUCGUGAUUGCCCGUAUCGUAUUGUUUCUCUUUACAAUAGUAAAACACAUUCUGAGAUUUUUAAAGAACCAAAUCGUGACCUUAUUCGUGCAGAACUUUCGGCCUUAAGACCUGGAGAUUUACCAACUGCAAUAAAGGGGCGCCGUGAAUGGAACAAAAUUGCUGACUGUUAUAUACUUGAUUCAUCUCUGGCAGUAGAGACCUAUAUUGAGGUCGAAUAUCAGAGACGCUUAUCUGCCAAAUAUUUUCCGGAAAUUCUUUGUAGUUUGAUUGCUAGUACUGGAGCAUCGCUAGAAUUAAUCACAGUAGAAGAUACCAAAUUAGCCAAAGCUUCUCGUACAGAAGUAUUUCAUACUAUUAAGAAUACUGAAGAAAGGAUCAAAAGUUCUGAUGCAGAAUUAAUAGUCAAUGCUCCAGAUAUCAAUCCUAAUGAAGCUGAAAUGCUUAAGCUAAAUCCUGAACGUUCUUUUGCUGAUAACAUGACCCUGCAACGGCAUUAUUUAUGGAGAACAUAUGCUUCAGGCGAUAUUGGAGGUAAGGAUGAUAUUCGAAACUGGGGUAUGAAUAAUGAUGAUUGGAUCAAACUUUGUGAUAUAGAUUUCGUGAAAAGAUAUAAUAAUCCUGAACCUUUACAACAUUUUAGGAGGCUGGCGUAUUAUCGAAGACAAGUAAAACAAUGGGAGGCGGUACAUAAUCUUAUCCAAUCGAUAGGUUUUAGAGAUAUAGAUGAUAUGAAUAUUCUUUCUGGUGAUGAUGUAGCUAAGACUUUUGAGCAAUCACGGGAAAAAAUCGUUGAAAUUCGAGAAGAUGCAUUAUUGCUCUUUAACUUUAAAACCAGAGCUAAAGGAAUACCUGAUCUUAAUGCUACAAUAAAAUUUAUCAAUGCAAUACUAGGUAAUUGGUGCGGUUAUACUAUCAGGAGUGGACGAAGAAAAGAAGGACUGAAAGAUCAAAGAGUAUGGAAAAGCACUUAUUGGAUUCAUCGCAAACCAUACGGUGGAGCUGGUUUUGAAACUCAAGAAGAAAUAACAGCUAUAAAGGUGAAUAAUUCUAAAUAUUUCCCUAUAGGUCCAAUUCUUCCACCAUAUAAACCUGAAUCGGUCAAUGAAACUCAAGAACUUUUCGAUUCUAUAUCCGUUACUACUGAUAUCACCAUUUCGGAGAAAGCAAAGUUUCAACGCCCUGUAUCAUCUAGUAAUGAGAUUUGUGAAGAGAAUUCUUGCAUUAAUAAACAAUUCUCAAACAUUGUUGAAGUCAAGAAAGAGUUACCUGAAUCCUUAGCCACUUUGUGUCCGCCUCCGGCAAUUUCUUUAUCUUCAGAAUAUCUCAUCAAAAAUGAAUCUGAUAUCGAUACUCUUAUCUUUUAUUUACAAGAAAAAUUCCAAAUGUCUCAGGAAAGGUUAGAACAAUUGCGAACUAAGAUUGCCUUUGAAUUGCGGGAUAACCAAAAUUACUGGAAAAAAGAGCGCGAAAGCAUGAAUGAAAUCGAUUUCCUAGAAUAUAAACGAAACUUCGAGGCUAAAAUGAAGGUCCCUACCACUCCAUACAAAAGAGAAUUAAAAACCUACUCUUUAGCCUUUAUCGAAUAUGCGUAA